AUGAAGAACCCAAAGUCACCCCAAGGCAAAGUACAUCAAUUUCUGCCCGUUGAUCAAUGGGACGAUGACGGACAAUUCCUUCCCAUACCACGCUCAGUUCGAUCUCGUCCGGCCGUUGUUCUUAUGAAAUCUAAGAAAUAUGACGACUGUGUAUACGUCGCAAGUGUAACAGAGGAUAUACACCCCAGUGUUUCCCAGGGGUGGUAUGUUCCAAUUGCGCCAGUGCCCAAAGACUACUUCACAGACAUGCAGCUGCACAUGUGCAAUCAUCUACAGAUGGAAUCAACUCUACUAUCUCAGUCAUACUUACGUACGGAUACGGUCUACGAAGUCCCGCUACGGGCUUUGGAAAGAAAAUACGACGAUUACGGCAUGCCUUUGGAGCUUGAGCAAGAGUCUUAUGAUCAGCUGCGCACAUUUUUGGUUGAACCAGACCGGGGCUUGAAUGUGAGAACCAUUGUACCCCCGGAUGUAAUGAAAGAGAGACCCGAGAGCAUUGCAAAGAGGCAAUCAAUAAGUUGA